CAAGUGCUGAUCUAUCUUUCCUACUUCCCCUUAAAUGGUACACACCCAGGCAUCUCCCGUUCUGAAAAUUCAUAAGAUUUCUUUUAUGUAAAGGUUGUGGCAAACCAUUAUGAGCUUACGAUGCAAAACAUCUUACAUGCUCCAGUUGCAAGGCUGAGCAGGAUAUUUGAGGCUGACUUGCUUUUUCUGUAUGUACCAUUCACCUCCAGUCUUGAGUCUGCAAACGUAAUCACUUAAAAGACGGCAACUCCAAACUAACAUGGCAGUCAGACUGUGUGAUGUGGCUUCUCUGCUUAGAAGUGGUUCGUGGGCAGCAGAGCCUUGGACUGGGCAGGUAAUUGCUGCCAUGGAAACACAACUGUCUAAUGGGCCAACUUGCAAUAACACAGCCAAUGGUCCUACUACCAUAAACAACAACUGCUCAUCACCAGUUGAUUCUGGGAACACAGAGGACAGCAAAACCAAUUUAAUAGUCAACUAUCUUCCUCAGAAUAUGACACAAGAAGAACUCAAAAGUCUGUUUGGGAGCAUUGGUGAGAUAGAAUCCUGCAAACUUGUAAGAGACAAAAUUACAGGACAGAGUUUAGGAUAUGGAUUUGUGAACUACAUUGACCCGAAGGAUGCUGAAAAGGCAAUCAAUACUCUGAACGGAUUGAGACUCCAAACCAAAACUAUAAAAGUUUCCUAUGCGCGACCAAGUUCAGCUUCUAUUAGAGAUGCAAAUCUGUAUGUCAGUGGCCUCCCAAAAACUAUGACUCAGAAAGAACUGGAGCAGCUGUUCUCCCAGUAUGGACGUAUUAUUACUUCCCGUAUUCUAGUUGACCAAGUCACUGGAGUUUCGAGGGGUGUGGGCUUCAUCCGAUUUGACAAGAGGAUUGAGGCAGAAGAAGCCAUCAAAGGCUUGAAUGGGCAGAAACCUCCAGGUGCCACAGAGCCAAUCACUGUAAAGUUUGCCAACAAUCCAAGCCAAAAAACAAAUCAGGCCAUCCUCUCCCAGCUGUACCAAUCUCCAAACAGAAGGUAUCCUGGACCUCUAGCUCAGCAGGCUCAACGUUUUAGGUUGGACAAUCUGCUCAAUAUGGCUUAUGGAGUAAAGAGGUUUUCUCCAAUGACCAUUGAUGGAAUGACCAGUUUGGCUGGGAUCAACAUCCCAGGACACGCGGGAACGGGAUGGUGCAUUUUUGUGUACAAUUUAGCUCCCGAUGCAGAUGAAAGCAUCCUGUGGCAAAUGUUCGGACCCUUCGGAGCAGUCACCAACGUGAAGGUUAUCCGUGACUUCAACACGAACAAGUGCAAAGGUUUUGGAUUUGUGACUAUGACAAACUAUGAUGAGGCAGCCAUGGCAAUAGCCAGCCUGAAUGGAUACCGCCUUGGAGACAGAGUUUUGCAGGUCUCAUUUAAAACAAACAAAACGCACAAAGCCUAA